GACGCGCGAGACACGACCAGCAUGGACUUCACCGACAAAGUAGUUCUCAUUACUGGCGCGAGCGCUGGUAUCGGCGAGUCCACCGCACUUCUGUUUGCUAAACUUGGCGCGAAGCUAUCGCUGGUGGGAAGGAAUCAAGCUAAUCUGCAAGCUGUCGCCGAUGAAUGCGAGAAGCAGAAAGGGUUGAAGCCGCUGGCGAUUGUCGCAGACCUGGGAACUGACGAGGGGGUUGAGAAGACUGCUAAGGACACUCUUGAUCAUUUUGGAAGGCUAGACGUGCUGGUCAACAAUGCAGCAGUGGGAGCCAGGACGACCAUCCAGCUGGCGAACAUGGAGACGUUUGACCGGGUGUUCAACGUGAACAUCCGGGGCGUGUACAACCUGACGCGCCUGCUGGUGCCUGCCCUCAUCGAGUCCAAGGGGAACAUCGUCAACGUGUCCAGCAUCAUGGCCACUAUGGUCACUACUGGGAACCUGCCGUACAGUCUUUCCAAGGCCGCCCUCGACCACUUCAGCCGCCUGAUCGCUUACGAAUUGGCUCCGAAGGGAGUUCGUGUCAAUGUGGUCAGCCCUGGAAUUACAGUAAGCACAUUCGUCCAACGUUUGACUGGUUAUACUGAUGAGGAGUACCGCGCGUGGCUCAAAACAGCUGAAGCCACUAUCCCGAUGGGAACUGCCACUACUGGCGAAGACUGUGCCUACAUGAUCGCCCACCUCGCGUGCGAUAAACUCAGCAGGGUUGUCUCCGGUGCCGUGGUGCCGGUAGAUGGCGCCUUACAGUUUGCUGGUUCAGGAAACAGUGAAAUUCUAAAGGAGCAGAUUAAAUGAAGCGUGUUUUUGGUUUUUAAUUAAGGUUUGGUGCCAUUUCC